AUGUUCAAGUUUGGGGUAAGCAUCAACGACAUCAAGAGUGGCGACAAGAUUAUAGCUGUAAUGGGUCCCACUGGCGCAGGCAAAAGCACGUUCAUCGACACCGCCGUGCGACAGAACGGACGGCGUGUUGGACACGAUUUGAAAUCAUAUACCGCAGACAUAGAGACAGUAAGGUACAAUGACGGGAAGGAGGACAUUGUUUUCGUCGACACACCAGGUUUCGACGACACGACGAGGUCCGAUACCGAUAUCUUGAAACUGAUUGCCAGCUGGCUGGAAAAGACGUACAAAAAGCGCAUUCUCCUCACAGGCAUCAUCUACGUCCAUCGAAUAACGGACAACCGAAUGUCUGGAGCUCCUCUGAAAAAUCUUCAUCUGUUCGGCAGUCUUUGUGGCGAGGCCGCAAGCCCAAACGUCAUUCUCAUAACGACAAUGUGGUCAGACAAGGUACCCGCAGACGUCGGUGAACGAAGGGAAAAAGAGCUCGUCGAAAAGUUCUGGAAACCGAUGCUCGAUCUAGGGUCUGACCACAUGCGAUUCAUGGGUUCAUACGAAUCCGCUUGGAACAUCAUCCGUGCUGUCAUCGCAAGGGCCGAGGCACGGCCCGUUCUCCUACAACAUGAACUCGUCGAUCUCCACAAAGUCCUCAGGGAGACAGAAGCGGGAAAGACGCUCUAUGGUGAACUACUGCGCCUCCUCGAGGAACAAAAACGUAUCGCCCAGCAACUGCGGGAGGAGGUUUCGAAGCAGAAUCAUACGAACCCUGCACUGAAAGCGGAGCUCGACAACCAAUUCAAGCAGAUUGAAGGGCUUCUGAAUGCGACCGUGAAGCAGAUACAGGAGAUGAAGAUCCCUUUCGCCAGCCGAAUCAAGUCAUUUUUUUCUUGGAAGAAGGCGGCAAUCGCGUUGGGUUCAUGGCUUCACGCAGAGUUCCCGAUUGGACCUCGAGGCUCUCGCGAGGCUAUGAAACAAUAUCGAGGUGUCUUGCUCAAGGCUACAUUGUGGCUAGACGUCAUGGGACCGACGGGCGUUGGGAAGAGCACCGAGUCACAGUUCAUCAAAUAUGCCGCUGGGGAGAAGAACGCCGUCGUCGUCGGCCACAAUCUCGAGUCAUGCACCUCCGAGGUUCAACCUAUCAAAGUAAAACGCCGAGAAGGUGGAAAUCCCGUCAUACUGGUCGAUACUCCGGGUUUUGACGAUACAAAAUUGCCUGACACCGAAAUAUUGAGAAGAAUUGCCGUAUGGCUUCAGCAAACCUACCAAGAUAAGGUCAGGUUAGCGGGGAUCAUCUACAUGCAUAGGAUAUCGGAUAAUCGCAUGGCCGGCGCACCUCUGAAAAACCUCGCGAUGUUCAGUCAACUGUGUGGUACCGCUGCCGCCGAAGGUGUAGUGCUUUCCACAACAAUGUGGGGUUCAAUCAAGGACGGCACUGGUGAGCCUCGAGAGGAAGAGCUGAAGGCAAAAUUCUGGAAGGGGAUGCUUGAUUGCGGUGCGAAGGUAUCACGUUUCGAACUCACCCAGGAAUCGGCCUGGGAGACCAUCGACGAGGUGCGGAAGUCGGCAAAUAAAGCAGCGUUAUUGCUUCAAGAAGAGAUGGUAGAGCUAGAGAGAAGGCUCAGCGAAACACAAGCGGGAAAAACUUUAUACAACGAUCUGCUGAAGCGACUCGACGAGCAGCGGAAGAUACUGCGGGACCUCCUGAUUGAAGCGCAACGCGACCAUUCGGCCAACCCACAACUAGCAAGGGAUUUGCAGCUCCAACACGAUGCGACGAGGAAGCAGAUUGAUGAUAUAUUUAGCCAAGUACGGGAGUUGAAAAUUCCGUUGACCAGGCGUAUCGCGCAGCUGUUCAAUUUCCGGAAAGCCCGUGCGGCUCCAGUGAAGACAAAGCAGUGA